AAAAAACUGAAAACAUUCUGAAAAAAUGUCAGAGAAGGUGCUGGAUGAGUUCAACCCAAAGAGGUUCACAUCAUCACAGGCAGGCUACAAGAGACUCGUUCCAGCUGUGAGAUGCUGCAGAAAAGCCCUAUUUGACAGCUGUGGUCUUGAUGAAACUUGCUGUGAAACUGUAUCUUCAGUUCUACAAUCAUCAAACUCCCAUCUGAGAGAGUUGGACCUGAGCAACAAUCACCUGAAGAAUUCAGGAGUGAUGCUGCUUUCUGAUGGACUGAAGAGUUCAAACUGUAAACUGAACAUACUGAGGCUAUGUGGGUGUAAUCUCACUGGUCAGUCCUGUGAAAGUUUGUCUUCAGCUCUACAGUCAUCAAACUCUGUCCUGAAAGAACUAGAUCUGACUAACAAUGACCUGCAGAAUUCUGGAGUGAAGCUUCUUUCUGAUGGACUGAAGAGUCCAAACUGUCAGCUGCAAAUACUGAGAGAGAAUCAUCACAUAAGAUGCAGUAACACUAAUAGAGAAAUACAACCACAAUCAGAUGAAAAGAAUAAUUUGUAUCUCUAA